CCCCUCAGCAAAGCCGCAGGGAGCGCGGCCUUCCUCCCGGCGGCUUGGAUUGUCCUGUGCCAACUGUCACACCACAACCACCACUUUAUGGCGAAGAAAUGCUGAGGGCGAACCUGUGUGCAAUGCUUGUGGACUCUACAUGAAACUCCAUGGGGUGCCCCGACCGCUUGCUAUGAAAAAAGAGGGAAUUCAAACCAGGAAACGAAAACCCAAGAACAUAAAUAAGUCAAAGGCUUGCUCUGGCAAUAGUAAUAAUUCUGUUCCUAUGACUCCAUCUUCCACCUCUUCUAACUCAGAUGAUUGCAGCAAAAAUACUUCCCCUACAACACAACCAACAGCCUCAGGGGCGGGUGCCCCGGUGAUGCCUGGCACAGGAGAAAGCACUAACCCCGAGAACAGCGAGCUCAAGUACUCAGGUCAAGAUGGGCUGUACAUAGGCGUCAGCCUGGCCUCACCGGCCGAAGUCACGUCCUCCUCGAGAUGCAUUUCCCAAGAGGCUUGUUCUGCCUUACCAGCCAGCCCCUGUCAAUGAAGAGCCAGGGAGAAGAUGGAGCGCUUCCUGGGAAGGCCGGUGCAGCCCACAACACGCUGCCUCCUCCCUGGCUGCGGCCACUUCCAACCAGCCUGCCUCUGGGUCUGCCAGGGCACCCGCUGUGCCACUUCCAGAAACCUGGACUAGGCCUGGGGCCUUGCCUGCCAAGGAAUAUUGAGAUUUUAAAAGAAAGGUUUUAUGUGUAUUGCCCCAAAUCAUGUGCUUCUUCUGAUUUCUUAAUACCUUUCCACACCCAGAUUUCACACGCGUUCACGGAGAAGACCAUUUGAGGCCAUUUGGUACACACCUCUGGAGGCUGAGUCGGUUCAUGAGGUCACUUGUCAAAAAUAUUGCUCAGUUUGCAGGACUGCAUCGUAACUGUAACAUACACUGUGACUGGCGUUUCUCAAAGUUCAUGUUGUGUGACUGACCUGAAGUCAGUUGGAAUUUGUAAACAGGGUAGCAAACAAGAUAUUUUUCUUCCAUGUAUACAAUAAUUUUUUUAAAAAGUGCAAUUUGCGUUGCAGCAAUCAGUGUUAAAUCAUUUGCAUAAGAUUUAACAACAUUUUUUAUAAUGAAUGUAAACAUUUUAACUUAAUGGUACUUAAAUAAUUUAAAAGAAAAAUGUUAACUUAGACAUUCUUAUGCUUCUUUUACAACUACAUCCCAUUUCUAUAUUCCCAAUUGUUAAAGAAAAAUAUUUCAAGAACAAAUCUUCUCUCAGGAAAAUUGCCUUUAUUCAUUUGUUAAGAAUUCUUAUACAAGAACACCAAUAUCCCCCCCUUUAUUUUACUGUGGAAAAUGUGCUGGAAAAAUUGCAACAAAACUUUACUACCUAACAGACAAUAUUUGUAAAUAUUCUAGGUAUCUGUACACACUAAGGUGAAGUCUCUACAGCGUGACUAACCCAUAGGCAGGUUGGUUUACAUUAAUUUUUAAAAAUGGGAUGUCAUAUGGAAAGCUAUUUCACCAGAGUUUUAAAAAUAAAAAGGGUAUUGUUUUGUCUUCUGUACAGUGAAUUCCUUCCCUUUCAGUUUCAUUUUAAUUCUGUAUAGACAUUCAUAUAAAACAAACGCAUGUGAUGUUUUUGCAAAUUGCCUUACAGCCUUCAUGUCCAUGAAUUGUCCUUUUGGAGCUGUUUUAUAGCUUGGUGUAUUUGAAGUUGGCACAUGGAGUUAUCACUUUCAAUUUGCAUUGGGGGAAAAUUUUUCUAAUUAAAGGGACCCAGUAGUAGAUCACAUUAUCUGAGAUUAAUAAGCAUUCUCUUUAGGAACAGUUCUUGAAAAAAAUUGAAAAAGGCUAGAGUUUUUUCCCCUUUGAACAUAAUACUUUAUAGUCCAGAAACGGCCUCCUCUCUGGA